AUGGCGACACCCACACCUACCAAGGACACCUCAAACUCGAUGGCGACACCCACAGGCCACACUAUUCUUGAUCCCACUCUCAUGGGAACUGAUAUCUCGGUUGUCCAACGACCUGUUCCCCCUGUUUCCAGUCUCACCUCAUCGGACAUCUCUGUCGUUCAAGCUCCACAACCGACCAACAAAGCAAAACCAAAAGGCAAGAAAGCGGCCACCAGUAGUACCAGUACCACUACUUCCAAAAAUCAAACCGAAUCUGAACCCGAUGAUAAAAAAGGAAGCUCCCGAACUUACCUUGAACAUGAAGACAUACAGCUCUGUAACUCGUGGCUCAAAAUCAGCGAGGAUCCAAAGAAAGGCACCGAUCAGUCGUUUGCUGCUUUCUGGGAUGCGAUUGCUAAGCACUAUGCGACUCACGUCCCCAACGCACCACGAUCGGCCAAAAGCCUCAAAAACCACUGGAGCGACAAGAUUCAGAAGGAGGUAAAUAAGUUUGUCGGCUGCGUUAAUCAAGUCCAACAAUUGAAUCCGAGCGGGACCACCUCUGCAAACCGACUCACGAUGGCGAUGUCAAUGUAUCAUAAAUUCUAUGAGAAACCUUUCACCAUGCUGGGCUGCUACGAAGUACUGAUCAACUCGCCAAAGUGGAACGACUAUUCUUGUGGCCUUGGGAAGAAGAAAGAAGGUGGUGCCGCAGUGUCCAACAAAAGAAAGGCACCAAACGACUCAUUGACCACCGACGCGACCCCCAAUUCAAGAUCGACUGAUGCUUCGGCGGUUGAGAGCGCUGGUGUUUCUAUCGAUUCCUCAGGUAGCGAGACCACUGGUCCUCCCUCGCGUCCAACCGGCCGCAAACGUGCAAAAUCCGACCACGCGGCCGAAUUAGAUGCCAAAAAAACCCAGGAAAGUUUGAGGAAGAUGGCGCAGGCUCACUCCGACAUUGCUGAAGUCGCGAAGAAGCAAAGCGGGUUUUUAGAAGCUCAACAAGCCGCAAUGAAUCGGUUAGCCGACGAGUCAAUCAUGUCGAAGGACCUUUCCGGGGCGAGCGAUAUGAUGAGGAGGUACUACGCGUUUGAGCAAGCUAAGAUUAUGGCUCGGUUGGAAAUGGAACUAUCGGCAUCGAACGCAGCACCAUCAAACACUGACAACGUGACGAGAACACCUGCGCCUGACACGUCUCGUUGA